AUGAAACCUGUACUACUACUAUUUCCAAAAGCUUUACUUAAAUCAUUUGCUGAUGUCAAUGAACUUCCAUUAUCUUAUCGACAUCUUACUAAAGGAAGACAAUUUGCAGUGGGUGAUAAUAAACUACGUGCUCGACGUCAAAAUGAUUCAACAGCUGAAUUGCAUUGUUUUCAAAAGAAUACGAAUGGAAAUGAAGCUCAAUUAAUUUCAUCAUCCAUAGAAACUUAUUCAUUAGUACAAGAUGUUGAUCCACCUACAGAUUGUGAACCAAAAGAAAUCACUUUUCGACCAGAUUUUCCAAAAAAAUUAAAACUUCGUUGUUUACCAUUUGGUUCAGAUGAACCAAAAUCUAUUGGAACAAAAUCAAAAUCAAAAAAGAAACGAAAACGUUUAAAUGAUUAA